AUUUGGAAAUGUUAUAGCAAAUGCUGUAAACGUCAAAAGGGACUUGUUUCAUCUUUUGGGAAGGAUACUCGGAAUAUCUCUCGUUGAAAAACUUACCCCAAUUUUCAAUCCUUUUGUUUUCAAGAUUCAAUGGAAAUGGACCCCCUCCCACCCCAAUCCUGCACCCUUUCUACAGUCCAGAGAAUAGCGAAGAACCCACGUCAUUUCUCCAUCGUUUAUUUGUUUAUAGUCAUCCUCGAGACUGUCUUUAGCGGCUGUCAACGUCACGUCAUCCAUGAGAGGAAGGAAGCAAAAUCUAACCUGCUCAGAGCAGAAGGCCGGCGGCACAAAUUGGAUAUCCUAUAUCUUGACCGAGCAAAACAAAUUUCGGAGUCAUCAAGCAAGGGUGUCGUUUUGCUCCAAGGUGGCACUCAUGUUUUGCAGAUGACCUUGAUGGUCUUUUAUGAUGAUGGCACUAAGAGAUCCAUUUUGUGUAUACAGAAUGUUCUGGAAAGCUUUUGUUCUAUUUCUAGUUUGCAUCUUAAUCAGGCUAAAAAGUGAGCUAGUUUGUGCUGGUUUGUCCCAUGAUGAUGUUGUUGUUGAAAUUAUAAUGGAUAUUUGCUUUUCUGUUGGUCAGCUUCCUGUUGGGUAUUCGGGAGUACCUCAUAAUUUCCUGCAAGCUGAAUGAUAAAAAUUGUUUUCCUUUUGUUUCAGAAUAUUUCUAGUAGAAUCAAUGGAUAGGAUUCUAGAAAUCCAUUUUAUGCUGGCUGUUUGCAACUUAUUGAAUCUGUUUAGUUUAGCAUCCUCAACUUUUGGUGUGAUAUAUUUCUAUUGCCUAAGUGGGUUAUUCACAAGUUUAAUCAACCAUGCUCUGGUUUCUCAUCAAAAGGUAAGGAGAGCAACGGAAAGGAUGCCAAAGUUAGUUGGCAUUAUCUCUGGUCAUCCUAAGGCUGAAGGUGGCUUAGGCUUACAGGAUAUGGCCAUUUGGAAUAGGGCCUGUGUAGUCAAACAACUUCGGACUGUUUAUUUUAAACCUGCAAUUAUUUGGGUUGCCUGAGUUCAUGAAUAUUUGAUUAGAGGCAGGAACUUUUGUCAUAUACCUGUCCCUCAAAAAUUGUAGUUGGUGUUGGAGAAACAUUUUAAGACUAAGGGACUCUGCCUUAGCACUUAAUAAGCAUGAAAUUAGAGAUAGGAGGAAUACUUUCCUCUGGCUUGACUACCGUCACCCUCAUGGACCGCUCUUGAACCGUUUUUCUAGUAGUAUUAUAAUGGCAUCUGGACUUCAUAAAAAAGUCAAGGAUUGGCCCAAGACUAGACCAAGGGCCAUUUUGGAUAUUAUUGCAGCUGUUGAUGGUAUUGUUAGUCCUAAUCCCUGUAGGCAGAUACUAUUCUUUGGCUCUAGUAAAUGUAAGGUCGCUGAUACAUGGAAGUUGCUUAGGCACAAACAAUCUACGGUUGAAUGGGCAUAAGUUACUUAGGUUUCGACUACAUAUUUCCAGGCAUACUAUCAUUGCUUGGCUAUGUGUACUGGACAAGCUCCCCACUUUGGUAAGAUUGAACCGUUAGGAAUUCCUUUGCAAAAUAUAAACUGUUUUUUUUCUGUGGAAAGCGAUGAAGAUUGUAGGAAUUAUAUCAUCUUUACUUGUCCUUUUACUCAAGCAAAUAUGGAGUGCUAUUUUGCAGAAAUCUUGGGUUAAAAGUGUGCUGGCGAUGUGCUUUAUAAUUAUGCUGUUUGCAGGGAACGCAAUAGCAGAAAAUAUGGAGGAUGGUACUAAGAUUCUGCUUCAGCAAAUUCUUCUUUAUGUCUUCAGUGGGGCAUUAUUUUGAUUUCCUUUAUGUAAUGAUUAUGCUACAUUUUCUUUUAUCUUAUAGUUCUAAUUUUUAAACAACAAGAUUGUAUCAUAUUUUGUAGCAGGAUUUACUUUACUGCUUUAUAUAAUAGAUAAAAUGGAAUUAGUCUUA